AUGGCCCCCGCCGCCGCCGAGACCACCGCGGCGCUCCGCACGGCGCCCGACGCGGGCGCGGAGGACGGCAUCCCGUUCGGCAGGUACAAGCUGCGCGCGCUGUUCGCGAUGCUGGCCGCGCUCGCGUCGCUGCCGUUCUACGCGUUGCUCUACGCGCUCAGCCCGCGCACCAAGAACCUCAAGAUGUACCUCUUCGGGCGCGCGUUCAGCACCAUGAUGCGCGUGAACGGCGGCUUCCGCGCCCCCGAGAGCUGGGACGAGGCGGCAACCACGACGCCGCACUCGCUCGACCCGGGCACCACGCGCAAGGUGUACGGCGCGAUGGACGUGCACGUCGUCACUGUGCCCCCGAGCUCGCGGCCACAGGAGGCGUUCACCCUCGGCCCGGAGGUGGUCAAGCCCGCCAAGCGGCCAGGGUUCAUCGUCAGCCCGCCUGGUGCACGCGGCAAGGGCGGCGCAAAGGCCGCCAAGGGCGAGAAGCUGCUCUUCUACCUCCAUGGCGGCGCCUACAUCGGCGGCCACCCGCUCUGGACGCCGUUUGGCGGCGAGAUAGCGCAGAGCACGGCGCUCCGUCUCCUCGGCGUGCAGUACCGCAAGGCCGCCGACGCCGCGACCGCCUUCCCCGCGCCGCUGCUCGACGCGCUCGCGGCAUGGGAGUACGCGACGGCCACGCUGGGCUUCGCUGCGCGCGACAUUAUCGUCGUGGGCGACUCGGCGGGCGGGCAUCUGUCGCUCGCGCUCGUGGCGCAGCUGGCCGCGACGGGCCAGCCGGCGCCGGGCGGCCUCGCGCUCCUGUCCCCGUGGGCAGACUUCACGGCGUCGUCGGACACGUACAACACCAACAAGGGCACAGACCUCAUCUACCCGCCGUCGCUGGCGCGCGCGGCCCGCUCCGCCGCCCGCCACUACACGCCCGACGCGGUGCGCGGGCGCCUGUUCUCCCCUGCGCUUGCGGACGAGGGCGCGUGGCGCAGCCUUGCCAGCGCGCGCGUCUACAUCUGGGCCGGCACGCGCGAGGUGUUCAUCGGCGAGAUCGAGGCCCUCGUCAAGGGCAUGCGCCGCGACGGCGUCGCCGUCGAGUUUUACCAGGAUGUCGGCGGCGUGCAUAAUGGCGCCAUGCUCGGCUUCAAGGACGAAGCAUGGGACCACUUCCAGGGCGGGCUGCGCGAUAUCGUGCGCGACUUGUAUGUCCAGAACGGCGAGGAUGUGUACUUGCCAUAG